CACCUUGUCGCAAUGCGAGAGAAAAGGGGACAAUGCCUUAUUUUCCGUUUAUAAUUAUAAAUAGGAUCUGGAUGCUGUCUUUAAAGUACAUCAUUGGUGUAAUGUUGUGACAUACACUGGGCGCUUUGUGCUGAACUGUUUGACUGGAGCUGUGUGUUGGUUAUUGAGUGUGUUUAUUGGAAGCAUUUCCCUCCUGAUUUCCAGGCUCAAUUUUGUUUAUGUCGAGGGAAGAGAGAGCUGGGGAUGCAGGGCUCACAAGAGUCAGGGAUGCACUGGAUGGCAGAGGAGUGAGCUGGAUAACGCUGGUACAGGAGGCUACAAGGGGUCCACCCACCUCCAGUUUGUAAGGCAAGCCAUCCAGAGCCUGAAGGACAAGGCAUUAAGCACUGGCACCUCACACGCACAUGAGAAGAAUUGCAUGGCAUUAACAGAGAGGAUAGUUACCACAGAUAGAUCCUGACCAUCACUUAAGGAACAACUGCAGGAAGACAUCCAUUCACUUCACAGCAUUGCUGAAGAAGGUUGGGCAGUGAAACCAUCAUCUGGAAAUUGGUCAGGACAGGGGAGCUUUGCAAUAUCAUCAGAUCUGAAACUGGUCAGUGGUGUGGAGCCUUCCAUUGGAACCAACCUUUCUGAAGGUUUGGCUGUGAAGAAGUGACAGUGGCUCCAAGUGUGGUGAGAGCUUCAAUUGUUCAUUGAGCCUUAUGAACCACUGACUUAUUCCUCUUGUUCAAGUGCAAGGAGAGCUCCUCAGGCACAGAUCUCCAAACUCACAAAGUACAUCUGCUGCACAAUUGUUAACACAAGAGCAGCUACAUGGAACAUGAACCCUUCAAGUGUGAAAUCUGUGACAAAUCUUUUGAGGCCUCUUCAACUCUUCUGAGACAUCGACGAAAUCACACAGGGCAGAAACCCUUCAGGUGUGGCAUUUGUGAGAUGACUUUCACCCAAUCCUCUGAUCUCCUGACACACCAGAGAAUUCAUACAGGGGAGAAACCAUUUAUUUGCGAAGUGUGUGACCAGUCAUUCUCCCGCUCAUCAACCCUCCGCGCACAUCAGCGUGUUCACACAGGAGAGAAACCGUUCACGUGUGAGGUGUGUGAUAAAUCAUUCUCGCACUCAUCAACCCUGCGCAGACAUCAAUGCAUUCACACAGGGCUGAAACCGUUCACCUGUGAAGUGUGUGACCAGUCUUUCUCACGCUCAUCGACCCUCCGCACACAUCUACGUAUUCAUACUGGCGAGAAACCAUUUACAUGCGAGGUGUGUGACAAAUCAUUUUCACACUUAUCAACACUUCGGAUCCACCAGCGCGUUCACACAGGGGAGAAACCAUUCAUGUGUGCAGUGUGUGACAAAUCAUUCUCACACUUAUCAACUCUCUGUACACACCAACGUAUUCACACAGGGGAGAAACCAUUCACUUGCAAGGUGUGUGACAAAUCAUUCUCAGACUUAGCAGGCCUCCAUGUACAUCAACGCAUUCACACGGGAGAGAAAUCAUUCACAUGUGAAGUGUGUGACAAAUCAUUCUCACAAUCAUCAAGCCUCCGCAGACAUCAGCGUAUUCACACAAGGGAGAAACUAUUCACAUCCGACACGUGUGACAAAUCGUUCUCAAGGUCAUGGAGCCUCCUGCUCCAUUAGAGGAUCCACAGGGGAGUUACCCUACACUGGGUUUGUGUGAAGACUUUCACCCAAUCCUGUGAUCUCUUAAAGCACCAGACUAUUUGCACGAGAGAGAAACCAUUCAAGUAUGAAAUAUUUGCUGAGGUUGUCACACAGUUAAUGUAUCUCAUGGUCCAACAACACAUCCACACAUAAGAAACUCUGUUAUGUGAAAAUUCUGCAAUAAAGCUUUUAUGCAAUUGUGGAAGCCCCUGGAUCAACGGCAAACCCACAAGGGAACUACCAACAGGUGUGAAGGAAGUUCAAGUAAUUUUAUUGAGAUUGUGAACUAGCGCACUAAGUCGUAGCCUAACCUAUCCUCGGAGUGUGUAACUGUGUACACAGUCUCUCAGUGCAGGGUGUUCAGUGGGACUGGGGCACAGAACAAGAAGCAGCUUUCACUCCCAUCAAACACCUAGUGAUGACAUCACCAGUGCUGAGGGAUUAUGAUGUCAACAAUGGAGCCACCCUGCAGUGUGAUGUCAGUGACACAGGACUUGGAGUAAUCCCCAUGCAGUGAGGGCAACCCGUUGGGUUUGUAUUCACAGUGUUAACACACACUGAGUAACAUGGCACACAGAUUGAGAAAGAGAGUCUGAUGUUGUCUUUGCUUGGAACAGUUCAACCAGCACCUGUAAAAGAGAGAGAAACUAGUGGUAGAGUCUGAUCACAAUAUAAUUCAAAGCGUCUUUCCCAACUCACCUGCAUUUGCUUUAAAACAUUGACAAAAUAGGCCAGUUCAUUUACAGGCAUGUCACUGGGAAAUGAAGUACAAGCAAGGGAAACAGAGGUACAUCACUGAUAUUCUGGCAGGAACCACUCUGUGCCUGAAGUUGAUGCUGAUGCAGCAUGUGAAAUAUUCCAGAUUGAAGCAACAGCACAACACGCUCCAGAAACCAACCACCACCACAGACAUCGAAGCUGAUAGACAAGAUCACACAAAAAUAAUGCAAAUCCUCAAAGGCUACAAAGAUGAAGUGAUCACCCAAGAUGGCAGGGCCAUUAUCAUUAAAGAGAUAAGAAAAAAAAUGCUGAGACACAAUCCAAACAAACUAUCAAGGAAUUGAGUCUAUCUAAGAAAGGUAAUGGAAGUGAUCUACUGACCAAACGUGAGCAAUGAGAUGAAGGAACACAUCGGCCAGAGCAGUGCUUGUAAUGAACAUCAAACUAAACAAGAUAAAGAGCUGCUCGUGACUCGUGACAUCCCAGACAGCCGUUGGAUGAAGCUUGGGGUACAGCUCUUCACUCUCACUGGAACUGAUUAUCUUGUCACAGUUCAUUACUAUUCAGGCAGCAGGGAGUUAGAGCAGCUGAUGUCACUGACUCCCAGUGAGAUUGUUGAAUGUUUGAAAGCACACUUCAGUCAUCAUGACAUCCCUGACUUUAUAAUCAGUAACAAUAACCUCAAUUCAUGAGCAAUCGAUUCAGACACUUCAUGAAUGAUUGGAACAUUCAGCACUACUGAUCAUCUCCACAGCAUCCCAGUGAAAUGGAUAGCCUGAGCCAGUGGUAAAAAUUGCUAAAAGAAUGAUCAAAAAGUCAAAUAAAUGCAGUUAGCACACCUAAUGAAGGCAUGGAAAGUUGUUCAGUCCAGCCACCAAGAUCAUAUGAUGCACAGACUAUUCUUCCAACAGUACAAAAUUCACAGUUAGUAACAGCAGACACUGAUGAGGUCAAAGUAAAAUGACAGAAAAUCAAAUGUCACUUUGAUCAAGCUGCCAAAUCAUUUCCAGGAGAUCUGGUCAGAGUGCAAACAUUCAGUGAACUUAACUGACGUCAGUUCAUUUGGCAACCAGGGAUCUGUGUGAAGAAGUGUCACUUUGAUUGUGCACGGUGAAAGUGAACAGCUCUGAUGUCUCAACCACAGAUAUCUACCUGUCCACCUGAAUAACUGCUCCUUCACAGCCGACAGCUAAUGAGGUCGACCUGAUUUCACCAAUCGAACAAAGAACUGCAUACCCUUUUACCAAUGCAUGUACCAAAACAGCAGAAACAAUAAUCACAGCAACAAUAUCUUCCCAUGGCAGAGUCUCCAGACAGACAGGAUUGAGGUUCAAAAUACGUGGAAUUGGUGCACAAAGAAGAGCUGAUAAAGUACUUGUCAGGAAAACUGACUAGUGACUGCAGUUUUUAAUAAAGUUCAUUUGCAAGCCCAACAUGAUCAACUCCCUUCUCAAGAAUGUGAAGUUACUGAUGAGAAUUGCAUGCAAAUAAAAAAUCAGACUGACUGAUUAAUCAACUGCUCCCUAAUGUCAGUUCUGAAGAAUUUAUUUUAGGAAUCAAUUGGGUACUGUCAUUAUAAUAGUUUUACCUCUUCGCUUAAUCUAGGGUAGUAUUUUGGUGCUCUAUUAUUUAUUGAGUGACUAUUACCAUGCAACCUCUUAAUUACAAAAUGCUAAAAAUUAAUUAUGAAUAUUUCAACAAGAUUAGAUUAGAUUAGAUUAGAUUCCCUACAGUGUGGAAGCAGGUCCUUCGGCCCAACAAGUACUUGGAUCAUUUGGAGAUUUGUUGAAUUGAGUCAGAUCUACUUCAGAUUCAUUGCGAACCUAUGCUCCUACUCUGUUGGGGACCAAGAUUUAGUUUAACUUAGUUUGAAGUUUGACCUCCUUUAAAAGUGUUAUCUUCGUAACAAGUAAUGUUUAAAUGAGCUGAUUUUUCUUUUUAUUUAGCUUUGCAAUUUAUAAUGUAUUUUAUCACCAAGUUGCAUGUUUUGUUAAAUCUAAAUUGUGUGUUUACUUAAAACCUAAAUUGUCUCAUCUAGUUAUCUGUACUAAGGCACUCACUGAAUCUAGAAAAGUUUGACAGAGAUUUCUAGUGUGGGAAUAGCAUUGUUCAUCUAUGGAGUCUUUCAAACUGACAACAUCAAUGUGGGAUGUGUAUCCUCGGAUGUGUUUGACAGCUUGUCAGAGAAGAAGAUCCACAACAUCCAAGGCAGUGAUAAUGUGCAGUCGUGGGAUCAGCACAUGCAUAGGACAGAGGCACGCAGACCUUAGGGGCACAAAAGAGUUAGAGGAAGGGACAAAUAAGAAAGGGGUCUUAUUUUCUCUUCUCCUCUUCAUUAUCUUUUUCCGACCUAGCUCUGCCCUCUUUUCCACCUCAUCCUGUUUUCUACCUCUCCUCCAGGGUAAUCCUCUCCCUCUUUGCUGUCUCUCUUCUUUUGCCACAUUUCCUCACCAGGCUUUAUACAGAGUGCGUGCAUUAUUUGAAACUAUCACAAAAGAAAGCAAAACAGAAACAGUAAUAAUGUUAUUUUGACUGUAAUAAAUGAUCUUACAACUAUUUCACCUGCUAAUGUAACACAAAUUAACAUUGUCUGUGGUCCACUAAUUUGCUGAAAUAAUUGCAGGUCACAUCAUGUGGACUGGAGUCAUGAAUCACAAAAGUGUUAUAGCACAAAGGGAGGCCUUUCAGUGCAUUGGUUUUAUUACAUGGUGCCGACCUCCUGUCUUUUCCCAACACCCCUGCGCUUCAUUUCAGUUGAACUUGCCUCCACCACAUUUCCAGGUAUUAGAACAUAGAACUGUAUUGUAUUCCAUACCCUAACUAUUCAUUGUGUGAGAAAGUUUAGCCUUUUUUUAGGCUUCUCUUUUUGCACAUCACUUUAAAUCUACACAAACUUUUUUUUUCUUGACUAGCGGAAACAGCUUCUCCUACUGAUUUGGUUCAGUCUACUCAUGAUUUUGAAGACCUCUAUCAAUUCGUCUGUCAGCCUUCUUCCUCUGAAGGAGAACAAUCCUAAAUUCUCCAAGCUGUCCUCAUAACUGAAGUUUCUCAUUCCUGGAAUCAGCAUCAGCAGCUUAAGAUGAUCAAUGAGAUUGUCAGGGGGAAGUGGUCUGGUUAAUCACUAAGGCCGUUAAAAGGUCUCCAUCAGUAGUUUGACCACCUGAGGACAGUCCCUUAUCACACAGGAAGGCCCAAUGCCAGUUUUAUAACAUGGCUAUGUUUCAAUAAAUGGUGGUUAAAUGUUGGCGGGGGGACAUCCCCAAUUCCUGGGGAAGUCUUCAUGCAGCCCUGACAACAACUUUAAUUCAUGUUCAUGGAAAUAAUUGAUCUGCAGUUGGAGUUGAACCAAUAAACUUGCUACCUGAGACAGAGGGUUGUGGGUUAAAGUCUCACUCCAAGAAUUGAACCCCAAAGCUCCUGGCUGACACUCCAAUGCAGCACUGAGGGAAUGGGAGAGAUUCCAGAGAUAAGGAGGGCAGAGGCCAUGGAGGGAUUUGAAAACAAGUCCAAAAUCCUCACUAAAACUUAACACAGAGCCUUCCGAGGAGGAGCUGGGCUUUGCCUCAAGAUUUAUUCCUGACAUGCUAGUAGAACUGUGUCUAAACAAUAGAGUGAGUGAAAGCAGAAUGGUCCAUGAAAACAAUCCCUUAAGAUGUCCAUUCCAGCUGACACCAGGGACUUUACCACCUCUCACAGCUUCAGGAACCCAGACCCAAAGACAACACUGACACCUACACUGGUAGUUUUUAUAGACAAAUAAGAUAAACAAACUCAAGUUUAUAAAGUCAGUAGGGGUCUUUUUUAAGCUAAAAGAAAACACCCACAGCUUUGAGAAUUAUCUUCAGUUUUACAUUGAGUUUUUUGCUGUCCUUUGAUGAAGAUACUUGUAUAGACCUAUGUCAGUAAAAAGGAAAGGAUCCUGUAAAACUAGAUUACCUUAAAGAGUUAGUGUUAGCCACAGAAUGAAGUAUUGGGCUAAAAAUCUUAAGACAUGAUUUGAAGCUGUCUACGUUUAAGCUCAGGUCAUAAAUAUCUCCAAGAAGAAGCUUUCUACAGUUCCAAUUGUUAAAUUAAAGUCACAAGCAGCUUAAAACUAUCAAGGUGUUUGAGACAAGGACUGUGGUGUUAGAACGGUACAACUGGCAUUGUUGUGUACUAGGGUCUUAUACAAAAGAUCUUGAUCUUUUAAUUUAUCAAAACUUGUUUUGGGAUUAAUGGGAUUAUACCUUUCCUGUGUGUUUAAAAAUUUUUGAAUUUGUGUUCUAC